UUAUCAACAUAUAUUAUGGUCUUGAUACCGUAUAAAUUAUUAACUUGUGUAAUUAUAGUAUUUUCAUAUUUCUAAAAAUAGCGGAAAUAUUCAAGGUGGACAAAGUUAUUGUAUAUGUACACAUGCGUGCGUGCGUGCGUAUAUAUACGAGUAUGUAUACACUUAUUACAUACUUUUUCAAUAAUGAAUAUGCAAGGUUUACGAAACGUUGGCGUUCUAAGAACGGAUCUGGGUCCGGAGGAAACCCACAAAACGCAUUAUCUUUAUAUAGAAAGCACCUAUGGAAGCUUCAAGAAUAUUAAUGAUACAUAAUAUUAAUGAUAUAUAAUAACAUUAAUAAGGGAAAACCAAUUUUUUGAGAACAAACCUUUCAGAACGUGUAGCAUAAAAACUAGUCAUAAGAGAAGGUUAGUCUCGUACGGAGAUAUUUGUUCAGAAGGAUGAGAGAAUUACAACAUAAAAUUUAGUCAAUUCGACCAGAAAACCAAAUAAGAUUGGUUUUGACAAAGGAUAGCGUUACGGUAUCUGUUGAUGCAGUAGUCUAUUACCGUGUUAAUAACGCAACCAUUUCGAUUGCAAAUGUGGAGAACGCGCAUCACAGUACGAGGUUACUGGCUCAAACGACCUUAAGGAAUACGAUGGGGACGCGACCACUUCAUGAAAUAUUGAGUGAGCGGGAAACAAUCUCCGGAAAUAUGCAGGUUGCCCUAGAUGAAGCGACUGAUACAUGGGGAAUAAAAGUGGAACGAGUCGAAAUCAAAGAUGUACGACUACCCGUUCAACUGCAACGAGCUAUGGCGGCGGAAGCCGAAGCUGCACGUGAAGCUCGCGCUAAAGUGAUUGCCGCAGAAGGUGAACAGAAGGCCAGCAGGGCUCUGCGAGAAGCAUCGGAAGUUAUUGGCGAUUCACCGGCUGCUUUGCAACUUCGUUAUUUGCAGACACUGAAUACAAUAUCAGCAGAAAAAAACUCUACCAUCGUGUUUCCGCUACCAAUCGAUAUGAUGACAUACUUUAUGAAAGCUUUACCGAAGGAAUAAUUAUGUGAAAAAGAGAAAGGAAGAAAGUGUCACGUUUCGCAGGAUACAACGAGGGAGAAGAAGAUUAACAACUUUUCUGAAGUUUUAUGAAGGAUGUUUGGCGAUUUAUUCGUAUAUUUGACAUGCUUGCGUAUUACAUUCAUAGGCUGUGUUCAGGGAGUAUGCUAUCAGUGCUAUUAUAGUUUAUUCUUUUUUCACUGGCAAUGCAACCAUAAAAUAGACAUGAUGGACAAACUGAGUCAAAAUAUCAAUAUACUACACUAAAAUAUCAAUAUACUUAAUUACAAGUUUUGAUCAAUAGCAGUAGCGAUAGUUCUUCCAAAGAACUUAUUUGUUUCUAGAACUAAUAACUAUUUUUUACACUUUCUUUAUUCGAUGCUAUAUCGCACUGUAAUUGCAUUUCGAGAGCUACAGUAAUCGCAGUGGAAAUAUGGCUAUUACUUAUGCAGGAUUGGCAACGUUACCUCAGAAAAAUAACUAGCGAUUCUUCUUCCUAAAAAAUAAUUCAUUAUCGUUAUUCAUUAUUGAUUUGCAAAAGUAUAAUAACUCAUUACCGUUAUCACUCAAAA